UUGUUUCUCAUUAUUGUGCAGCAUUCUAUAAAUUUCCCGCAGUUAGGGUUUUUAGUAGUUGCAACUUGCAAAUCUUAGGAGGCAGCGAGCAGCGACUCAUUGUUUCUCUUUAGCAGUAAACAAUGGGUCAUUCUAAUGUCUGGAACUCACAUCCGAAGAACUACGGUCCCGGCUCUCGUACUUGCCGGGUUUGUGGAAACCCUCAUGGUUUGAUCAGGAAAUAUGGCCUGAUGUGCUGCAGACAGUGCUUCCGCAGCAAUGCCAAGGAAAUUGGAUUCAUUAAGUAUCGCUGAAUGCUUUAAAGGAUCUGUUACAUAUGCAUUGCUCGUGGCCUUGUGUGAAGUCUGACGCAAAGAAGAGUUGCUUCUCUUUUUUUCUUUUGUUCUCGUUAGUUAUGUAUUGCCAGGGUAAGAAGUUAUUACUAAAUUGUUUAGUUUAAGAUUUGAGCAGAACGCAGUAAUUAUGCUAUGCAUUUUGGUGCAAGAAUAUCUUAAGAUUAUUUCUUUUGA